GAUGGAUUAUGAGGGCGGUCUGAUUGUUUGUUAGCUUUUCGUGUGUAUAAUAGCCCAAUGGCUGACAAACGACCGAAUGAGUGGGUACAGCUUUUACUUUCCAGAUUUGAUUCCCAGGUAAGCGACGUUUUUCGCUUGUGUAAGGAAAGUUUUAUAAAUCUCAAAAUAUUCGAAUCACAGUUAAGGUGACUUCACGUGUAUAACACCAUGCCCAAUACAAGUUAAAAAGUAAAAUAUUGGAGAAAUAUAGAGAAAUAAAGCAAAGUACAGUGUAUAUUUAGAAAAAAUGUUUGUUUUGUAAUAUGGUGCGGACACUGGUGCAAUUUAGGGGAGAAAUGGGCUAUAUAGUCCCCUGAUAUCCGGGGAAAUGUGUAGAAAAGUAGACUAUUUGGUAUUGAUUCAUGCAAAGUUUAGCGUGUCCAGUUUGAGACGCUUCUCAUCGGAAAGUUCGAGACAAAGUUGCCCACAUUAUCUCAGCGCUUGGGAACAAAGCUACGACUUGAUGAAUUGUUGCACAUAUUCGAACUAAAUUUUCUCAAGGAACGUCGUUUACAUUCCGCAAAAUGUUGCCUUUAUUUUCACUUUGAUGCUUGAUUUAAGAGCUUGUACGUAUGGAACGCCGGGACACAUGGCUUACUUGCAGCUUUAUGCAUCUCAAUAAUAACAAGUUCCGAAAAUUCCUAAUUUGAAAUUUAUUAAACUUGUAUUUAUCUAACCUGUUUACUUUACUCUAGCGUACGCUGGCUAUGUCUUAAUUAGGACGUUUGUGGGCGGAAGAGUGAAUGGGUACUGACACUGUCAGCGUUUGUAAUUGUUUCUUAGGUUGACCUAAUUGGAGAUGUUUUUAUGCACAGUUCGAUCAUGAGUCCACUCCUGAUACUUGGGAUUAAAUAUCGUCAUGGCAAAACACUACAGUACUGUAUUGUGUUCAAUGAUAUCAAUAUUGUCUCAAACGUCUAUUACGAAUUCAUUCAUAUCAUUUCCAAAACGCUAAGAACCACACUACCUCACUUCCAAUGAAUGCAACAUAAUUUCUUUAACAUUUAAAGACUUUGGAUCAUCUUUGGGGACCCAUACAUUCUAUUGUUAUCUAUGAUUUAAAUUUAUUCAUAUGUUUUUAUUUGUUAUCACUUUAAUGUUUUGUCAUUCAGUUAAUUAUUUUUGUUCCAAGUAAAUUCAUAAUCGUAGCCUUCAAUUCAUUUUUCUGAGAAUCAUAGACGUUCAUACAACGGUGAUACCUGCUUUCUCUAAUUCUUUCAAGCUUUCUUUAUUAAAGUACUUAAGAAUUGCACCCCUAACGUCUGCAUUUUAGUUACAGACAUUGUAUCUAAAUCUAAAUUUUUGUGACGCCGUCAGACCUGUCGAUGGACUGAGAAACGAAAAACUUAAUUCAUCAAGCAAAAUGACCUUACUUUCAUAUCAAACAAGUGGUUAUGGCCAUUCAGUAAAAAUAAUUAUUAUAGAUCAUUGCAUUCAGUACACUGACAACAAAAGUACAAAUAGACAACUGCUCUGGAAAGAACAUAAAUCACAAUUAUUUGAUUUAUUAAAAAACAGAUUUAUUUCGAAGCCGUUCUAAUAAAUGUGUUGGCAUAAUCUUUAUAAAUUACCAGGUCUAGACUGCAAAAUUAUCAUCGUAUAAUCAGUUGCCAACAAGGUUUCUAAAGGAACAACUCAAACAGAUGCGACUAGUCAAUUUAAACGGAGGAUUACAAAACUUUUUAGAAAACGAAUGAUGAAUCAGUCGUCAGUGUUGAUUCUCUUGAGCGUCUUAAACCAUCAAGUACUCUUAUUUCAAGACUAUACGGCCUUACAAAAGUACAUAUAAAGGAUCUUUUCCUAAGGCCCAUACUAGACAUGAAAGAUUUAACAUACAAUGGGACUACUAGAUGGGUAGUAGAAAACAUACCACAUCUAAGAAAUCAGCUCAAAAGACACAGAAUACUAGACACAUUCGAUUUUGUCGAUUCGGUAUCAAUGUGACCACAAUAGGAAUUACGUCACUAAAUUUUGUUCUAGAUUUUUAAAAUUUCAGUUUUAACGGAGAUAAAACUGUUCUUUGAUCACUUUGUUCUUAGUUAUUCUUUAUUAUCGUCACGUUUUCAAUUCGUUCUUCACCUUUUCCAUAUUCGUAAAAUGGACAAUCAUCGUUCACUAACUUGAUUUCAUCUUAUUAUCUUUCUUCACGUUUUUGAUCGUUAGGAAACCUCCUUCUGACAAUUGAAAUGAUGUAACCUUAUUUUUUAUUAACCAUCAUAUUUGUCAACCACCUUUGUGUAAGAUUAUAAAGUUUGGGUAAAUGACAUUUCUGAAGUAAACGUUCUGCUCUGAACUGUCUUUAAUUCUUCUUCAAUGAAGCCGUAGGUUGAUUUCGUUAUCAGAUAACCAAAAACAGAUGAAGUACAGUUAUUUCAAAAGUAUUUUUUAUUAUCCUUUAUCUAACUAUAGUGCAUAAAUAUUUCAAGGAACUUGACAUAUCUCCUGAAAUCCAGGAUUAGGGGUAACAGCGUAAAGGAUUCUAAAACUUCCCUCGUUAGUAUUUGCCUAAUUGACUAUGAAAUCCUUACUGCCAGUAAACGUAUGGACAUCCUAAGGUUGCUUUCUCUAAUAUACAGCGAUGAAAAUUGUCGCUUGCGGUUUUUCUUGCAUCAAAUAUCACCCAAAUUAUUGAGCUUGUUAAUAUUUGUGAACAAUAUAAAUAUUCAGUUUAUAUAUUCCAAAAUUGUCAGGUUUUCUUUGCUGCCUAAUGCAUAUUCAUGUGACGGACUUUAGAAUGAACGAACUUUAGAUGAUCAUUUAACCUACACUAAAAUAAAUUGACUGUUGUAUGGACAUGUAACUUUUUAGUUUAAAAUCGAGUACUCAAACCAUUAAGAAACGGUUUUAGAAUAACAUCCAAUUAGCAAAUAUGCAGUAUUUUUGUUUAUUUUCUCCCAUGUUUUGUGUUAUUCAAUUGUCAAGCCUCUUUUUUAUUGAUUAGUCUAUUGGGUUAUUUUGCAAGGGCACUAAACGUCCAUAAUUUUACGUGUUACUGGUUCUAUAUUUGAUCAAAUUAUUGUAAGGUUGGUCAAAGAAUGACUAUUUAACCGCAUUUCACGGUAAUCAGUCCCGAAUCCUGAUGAACACAUGAUUAAAGUGAAUUCAAACUAUGAGAUUAGUAAUUCACAGAGACGGUUGGUGCAAGUAAUUAUGAAGUUUCAAGAUAGAUCCCCAUAAUGCUUUAUUAUUCAAGUACCGUUCUUCACUAUGGUCUCAUUUCAUCUACUGGAAAUUAAUAAUGCUGUGAUUAAGGAAAGUAAAAAGCCUGAACGAAACUUAAUAGUUUUUCCAGAUAAUUUCAUUUCAUGAAGACAACUCUUAAUAGGUCUUGUUUUUUUCAAGCUUCCCAUACGCACUGGGAUACAUACUGCUCAAUCUACACAAAAUAUGGAAAGAAAUAAAGAAUGUUUAGUAAACGUCAGCAGGUAUAAAUUUUCUCUCGUUAUAUCUGGAUUAACAAAAAUGCUUCAAAACAUUGACAGUAUGCAAGUAUAUGGACCAGAUGCAGAAAGAAAUUUUUGUGACUCACUUUUGAUUGUAUUGGAAACAUUGGAAAAAUGUCUCACAUGUCAGCCUCAUGAUACGUCUCGACUAGAUGAAACUAUUCUGGUCAAAAACCUACUUCAAGAGUUAUUCAGAGUUAGAAACCUUGUGUUAAAUUUUAUGAAUCUAACUAGUGAAAAUGGAAAGAUGUACAAUCAACUUUUGUUGCUGGUAUCGCAGGUUCUAUACGCUUUAAGUACACAAUACUUUAAUGCUGUAUUCAAUCGAAUACCUAAUUGUCUUGCUUUAGCUGCACAAGAUGAAUCAAAUGUUGAUCAAGCCAAUGAACUGGAGUUAAUUCAACACUUGAAUUUAGAUAUGCGUAAAUUAUCACGUCUCAUACUAGAAAUAUGUAAUCGUUUCAGAUCGUUGAAAAAGUCCACUUGGUUACACCUUGCUGUUUACUUAGAAAGAGCCAUUUGGAACUGGUUGGAAAAUUAUCCUCAAGAGUUCGAUGAACUACAAAAGAAACCAAAUGAUGAAUUGGCCGACUGUUGUGAACGUCUGUUUGAUUUGUUCACUUCACUUUGUGCUGAAAGUGGGCGGAAGAAAAUUCUUGUUUGGCCUCUACAAAUGAUGCUUUUAGUACUUUGUCCGAAAAUCCUCGAAGAAAUUAAUAAUGCUGAAAACGGAGCACCUCUAUCACCAGAGCAUCAGAAAAAGAAACAAUUUAUGGAUGAAGUUCGUAAAGCUCUUGCUUCUCAUGGUCAUGGAAGUAGUGCAAGUAAACCAGCUUUGCUAGAAGCUGCAUUAUUAGCUGCAGUUAAUUUAUGCAAAGCAUCAACUUACAUCAAUAUAAAUGAUCGAAAUAAUAUUCUCUUUAUUUUGGUUCAUUCAGUAUAUGCUGAUUUACAGAAUUUAUUAUUCAAUCCGAAUAAACCAUAUCUACGAAACAAUCAAAAUUUAGCAGAAACAGAAUCAUUACUCACGGAAUUUUUCGUUGCUUAUUUUCGUAUAACACCACAUAAUAAAAAUCUUCUCAAAGUUUGCUUACAAACAACAUCACCGGCUAUUUAUCAUACUGUGCUAGUAUCUGGACUUUAUCGUAUAAUUACUCAGUCACGUCUAGCAUGGUGGCCCGAUGUUAGCCCGUUUUAUUCGAAAUCCACAGAAAUUCGUUCAAUGUUCUUAGAAACAUUAAAUCGUGUCAAUCAUCAUCCACCAAUUCGAAUAACUCAAAGUCUUACAUUUCGAGAUAAAAUGAAUUUAAAAAACAAAGACAAAACUGAAGAUAAUUUAAUGAGUAAAUAUAAUUUACUACUAAAUAUGGUUCGUCUACUGAAUGCUAAUCCAUUAUUAAUGCUUUAUAGUCCGCAGACACGUUCAAGUUCAGAUGCUCAGAAAGCAACAUUUGAUUUAAUGAAUGGUUUAAUGUCUUUAAUACAACAAUCUAUUAUGUCUGACUUAGCACAGGAAGCAAUGGAUGCUUUACUUUGUCUUCACCAACCAGCUAAUAUAAGAUUAUGGAAUUUACAUUCACCGGCUCAAGCGUUUUGGGAAAUAAGUCCACAACUUCUAUACAGUAUUGCUCAGAAAUUAAUCAAUCGUAAUAUACCUAAUUCAUGUGAUGUUUUAAAAUGGUUAAGAGAGAUUCUUGUCUGUCGUAUAAAGUUUCUUCAACAGCAUUGUGAUUAUGCAAAUCUACCAGGAUGUUGUACACGGGGUCUGUUGACAUCUAACAUACCAGUUAUUGGGGAUGUUAAUAUAACUACAAGCACAAAUACUACAGGUGUAAUUAGUUCUAUUACAGCAGCGACGACAGCAGCAACAACUGGAUCUAGCUUAUCUACUGCUGCAAACUAUAUGCAAACAAACGCAUAUUCAAAUAUGAGUUAUACAGAUGGUGGCGUGUAUAUUGGACCAGCGCCUUCUUCAAAGACGAAUUCUCAAAACAUUCCAUGUUUAAGCCCAUUUCUAGGGCCAUUAGGAAUUAAUCCAAAACGAAAUCAGAUGGCUCUUAUUAAACUAGAAACAGUAUUCUUUACUUACCUAUGGUCACUGGAUUUAGAAGCUGUUUUGACUUCAAUGUCUUGUUUUCGUCUAUUGUGUCAAGAAGCUGAACUUUGGAGUAAUGCUGCAACUUUAGCUACAAUUACUUCUGUUCCAGAUAACGAGUUUGUACAGCGUUCUGAUUGUGAGUGUUAUUUGGUAAAUCCUAAUUUAUCAGCUCCUUCUUCCGCAGAAACAUCAGAUUGGGCAGAGAAUUCUGUACUGACAACAAAUCUACACCAUAGUGAUUUGAUCCGAAAGUCACCUCCACCUACAGUUAACUAUAAACUCGUAGUUUCGUCAGCUUCAUCUAGUAGUACUCCGCCUGAAAGUACAUGUGUACGCUUUCAAAACCCUUCAACAUUGUAUGAUAAUGAUUCCCGAACUCGUCCUAAUAUUUCAGGAUCUUGUAUUGCUUUAUGCAAUUGUGGGUGUCCUCUUUGCACCCCAGUAAGCUAUCUACCAGUAUACACCAAUGUUGGUAGUAACCCUGCUGUCUCCCGGUCUAUCCACGACUCCAGCUCUCAUUCUAGUUUCAGUACCUCACUAAAUUCAGACAGUAAUCCAACAUUUUGUUCUGAAUAUUCUGAUGACAGUACAACGAACUUCUCUACUCAAACAUCGACCAAAGUUAUAAAUCCUAUUCUCCAUACAACUAGUCCAUUAGACAAGUCAUGUUCAUGGUCGUUACCAGCUCAGUGGGCUUUCACUGACUUCCGGCUUCCAGAUCUUCUACCUGUUUACAAUGUGUAUGCUGAGAUUGCUGAUCACAGUCGUUCAAUUGUCACUACAGGACGUGCGCAUUUACAAAAACAAAUUCUAGCUUUAUUAAGAAAAAUAAAUCAUCAAACCCAAGGAAAUAAGCUUGCCUGGGAACAUACUUAUAUGAUUUGGCUAAGAAGUACAAAGUUUCUAAUAAAUUAUCCUAAAUCAAAAGCUUCCGUCCCAUCAAACGGAACUGAAGACUCUUGUUAUGAUACCACUGCUAAUUCAGCUAAUAAUAAUUCAGUGAGCGGAUUUUCAUCUGCAUCACUGGGUAAUUCUGCAUCUAUACCUAGUGGUCUAGACUCUUUAUCUAAUCAAGUGGAUACGGCUGCGUCUGGAAUGAAUAUAGAUGGAUUUUCUUCUGCCCAAGGUUCUACCGGAAUGCUUCUUACGAUAGCAAAUAAUACUGGUGGAGUUUCUGUGUCAAGUGCUUCUACUGGGACUAGUUCAUUUGUCUCUGGAAGUGCUAUAAGUUCAGGUACAAGUCGUUAUUUGGCUGUUAAACGUCGUGUCAGUCAACAGUCACCAGUAAAUGACCAUGAAAUUGAAGAUGUACUAAAUGAAUGGGCAAAUAUGACUGGAUUUUUAUGUGCACUAGGUUCCGUAGCACUUAAUAUACCACCACUACCUCAAGGAUCUUCUUCACUUCCUUCACAAAUAGCUUCAUCGGGUUAUUCAUGUGACCAAACCAAAACCAAACCUCAACAAAUCCACUGUCCUCAUUAUCAUUAUUGCUCUCAGCAUUUAUUGGAUCAUGUACAUCAACAUUUUGAUCCUAAUUGUCUACGUGCAAACUAUUUCCUACAGUCUCAUCGCACUAAUUUUAUUAAAAGUACUAACGAUGUUGAUCAAACAGAUGAAUCUCAUAAAUGUCAUUCAUUUCAUGGCGCCUGUCUUAGUGAAUUAACUGCUGCAAGACGUCUUUCACUUGUUCAGUCUAGUUUAAAUCAAGAUAACCAAUUCUCACCCGUUGCUCAGUUUAUUGGUAAUCUUCUACUGCUUAUCAGUUGUCAACAUGAGAAAUUUGGGCAUCAAAUACAAAAACAUGUUAAAGAAUCAAUUGGAAAUGAAUUAAAUCCCUUGAUUUAUCCAAUUUUAUUCAAUCAAUUACGUAAUCAUGUGGAUGCAUGUUUUUCAGGACAAGGGCAACAACAAGUGGUUGUCACAGAAACCAAUACAUUAUUUAUUGAAAAUGUGAUCUUUAUUAUGCGUAGUAUAUUAGAUAAACGAACUAAAUCGGUUGAUCGAUUAAGUGAUCAUUUAGAAUUAGUUAGUAUAGAAAGUCUUAUGUUAAAUAUUGUUAGGUACGUUCGUCAUUUGGAAUGUGUACAUUCCCUUCAGAUAAAGAUUAAAGUUUGUCAAUUAGUACAGAAAAUGAUGGCCAGGCGUGAAGAUUUAGCAUUUAGACAGGAGAUGAGAUUUCGAAAUAAAUUAGUAGAUUACCUUUGUGAUUGGAUCAUGGGCAGUAGCUAUCAUCUUAAUCUUUCCGUACAAACAAAUUACUUAGCUAAUAAUUCAACAGGAACAACAAUCACAACAACAAUGUCUACUGCUACUACUGUUGCUUCUUGUAAUAACAGUAACGUUUCCGGAGUGUUUGGAUUAUCAAAUACCUCAGUAGCUAACUCUCUUACAUCAGAAUUCAAUGAAAACAUUUCCUUGUCUAACUCAUCACUAGUGAAUCCACCAAUUUUCCUCCCAUCCGGAGUAGGCAUACCCAUAAGUCAAAGCCAGAAUAAUUCUAUUGCGAUAACAAGCCACAAUGCACAAUUAGCGUAUUCAAACAUUGUACCUAGCAGUGGGAUCGGUGGAAUGGUUGUAAACUAUGGUGGUGUUCAUGGUAACAUUACUGGUUAUCAGGGUGUCCCAUAUUGCGGCCCGUUAACGUCAGGGAACUUUGGACUGAUGAACUAUGGAUCCCAAAGUCAGUCAUCAGUAAAUGCUUGGAAUCGAUCCGAUAUCUUGGAUUAUAAUUGUGCAUGGGAUAAUGCAACACCGAAUUCAGGUAUUGGUGUAGGGUUAAUUGCUCACGGACCAUUUUCUAACAGCCCAUUUUCACCCUAUUUUAAUACUUCAGAGUUAACUAGCUUCAGUAGUAUGCCAUAUGGAACUGUAAACAAUAAUCGACUUGUAACUGGUGGAUUAAGUUGUAUUGGACAGUCACAAUCUUGGAACGUUGCAAAUAGCAAGUCAACUGCUUUGUCAGGAGCAACGUCAUGUCAAAAUUACAUAUCAAACAGUGGUAAUUCUUUAUCUACUGUUUCUAGUUCAUCUGGAUUUAACAGUAUUAGUGGUCAAAUCAAUGUAAUGAAGUAUGGAAGUAAUAUACCUACAUCCAAUGUUAGUAGUAUAUCUUAUUCUGGACAAUCGUCUGUCGCAAGUAUUUGGUCAGGUGCAAGUGGCAUCAAUUAUGCUUUGUAUACAGGAACGAACACUACUUCAGCUCAUGUACCAGCCAUUGCAGUCUCUGCUGUCACAACUUUAAGUGUUGGAGGUUAUUCUUCCAAUGUUCCAAAUAUAACUUCAACUGCCGGUAUAGUAGCACAAACUGCCGCUCAAACAAGGGAAUUAGAUCUUGCAUGUAUGGAAGCUGUAGCUGCAUUACUCCAUGGUAUGCCAUUGCAACCAGAAGAAAUUGACCGAGCAGACUUAAUGGAUGCUAAAUCUCAUUUGUUUGCUAAAUAUUUCUCACUUUUUAUGAAUCUAUUAAAUGAUGUGGCAGAUGAUCGUGAAAAAGGUGCUGAAAUAAGACAAAAUCAUACAGCUUUACGUAAUGUUACAGUUCAAGCAAUGUCAAACCUUUUAAAUGCUAACAUUGAAUCUGGAUUAGUUCACGCGAUAGGUUUGGGUUAUCAUAGAGAACCACAAAGUCGAGCUGCAUUUAUGGAAGUUCUGACAAAAAUUUUACAACAAGGCACGGAAUUCGAAACUCUUGCAGAAACAGCUUUAGCUGAACGAUAUGAGCGUUUAGUUGGUUUAGUGACUAUGGUUGGUGAAAAUGGAGAACUUCCGAUAGCUAUGGCUCUUACCCAAGUUGUUUCUUGCAAUAAUAUGGAUCAUGGAGCCCAUGUACACCAUUGGUUUGGAAUCGGUGUCUUCCCACUCCGUAUCCACCAACCUGGUUAAAGCGCCGGAUAUUCGUUUUCCGUCCUCUCAGUUUCAUAACAACACCCUAGCUGCGAGGAUUCAGCGAGUAGGUGUUGGGUCGGCUUCCGGAGAACUUCAAUGGAGCCUCCAGAGGCCCAAAAAGGAGCCAAAGGGCUUAGCCAAUCAGAGUAUGAUGGAACGUUCGAGAAUUCCAGCGUGGCGUGCUAUCAUUGGUCGGUAGCAUAAUAUGACGUUAACGGAUUGGCUGAAAUAUGAUGUUAAUUUAACAGACGCCAACAUCUAUAAAUACCCUUGAUUUUCUGUACUAGAAUGAACCUUGGAAUAAAGUGUUUUCUCU